AUUGCACAUAAUCAGGUGUAAAUAAUAGCUUUAAACAAAGCAAUUUUUUGUGUUUUUAUGUGCGUAUUGAGACAAGUGUGAUUUGGAAGUCUUGCCACAGAAGAGGUGGUGAGUGUGAAAAAGAUCCUGCUUUAAGACUGCCUCCUUCAAAAGAUGCUGAAGUCCACAUGUUAUGCACCGGGGGAACUACGGUGGCCCUCACACACCAGAAACCUACAGUAUGUGUUAAUAGGCGGAUUUGUCCUCGCCAUUGGCAUCUAUGCUGAAGUGGAGAGACAACGCUACAAGACAUUAGAGGGGAUGUUUUUGGCCCCAGCCAUCAUCCUGAUUCUGCUGGGAAUUGUCAUGUUUGUCGUUUCUUUCAUCGGAGUAUUGGCGUCACUGAGGGAUAAUCUAACUUUGCUGAAAGUGUUCAUGUACACUCUGGCCAUUUGUCUGAUCCUGGAGCUGCUGGGAGGAAUCUUGGCGCUGGUAUUCCGCAACCAGACUGUGGAUUUACUGAACAAGAACAUCAGAAAGGGCAUAGUGAACUACUACGACGACCUGGACUUCAAAAAUAUCAUGGACUUUGUUCAGAAGAAGUUUAAGUGUUGUGGAGGUCGCGAGUACAGCGACUGGGAGUUCAAUAUGUACCACAACUGUUCUUCACCUGGUCCAAUGGCCUGCGGUGUCCCAUAUACCUGCUGUGUCACUACCAAGCCUAAUGAAGUGGCCAACACCAUGUGUGGCUGUGAUGUACUGAAGCGACAGCGUUUAAACCUGAUUGAUACCAUUCACAUCAGAGGCUGCACUGAUGCUUUCCUCAUCUGGCUCAUGGACAACUAUAAGAUAAUGGCUGGACUGCUGUUAGGUAUCCUUCUGCCUCAGUUCUUUGGCGUGAUAGUCAGUUGGCUGUACAUCACUCGUGUCGAAGACGCCAUCAACGAGUACGGUCACUACAUGGACGGACUGCUGGACCCAAACACAGAUGAAAGAGGAUUUAAGAGUCAGGGCCGCGUGGCCAAAUGGUUUAAGUGUAUGCCGGAGAUCGACUGAUGGAAAAGUCAAGUCAAAAUCAGAGCAGCAAAAUGGAUUCAUGUCGGCGUUCACAGUUGGUUAAACCACUGCAGUCGAUCCACAUAGUGUUGCAACCAGUGCAGGACUCUACCUUUGAACUGCAUCCAUUUAAAAAACAAAAAACCCUCUAAUAUGGAGAAUUAAUUGUUUUGUUUUGUUUUGUUUUAUUGGGAAGAAGGAAUUGUUCAGAAAACUAUCAUAAUAUUGUAAAUAUACUGAAUGUAUUCAUUAAUAAUUGAUUUAACAUACAGUACAGUGCACUAAUGCAUUCAUUGUUGAAUACGGGAGCUCAUCUUGUGAUUCGAUGUGCUUUUACCGCAGACAGUCUCAGGGAUGAACACAAAACAAUCACUCCUAUUUUGUUUAGUGUUAGCUGUAAAAUGUCUGGAGGAUCGGCUCCAGACAUUUUGUCAGGUUAGCUGUUCACACGUUUCAGAUGUGACUGAAGGUCUCCUGAGGUAGGUGAGGCUCGGGGGGGGGGCAAGGCACUCACUCACUGUGAAUUAUCCAUCGCUUCUCCUGCUUCCUGCCUUCUCACGUGGGCUCAAUCUGACUGAUCUGGACAUUUGACAUGUUCUGGAAAAAUGUCUAUUGCAUAUACAUUUCUGCCACAGCUCGGCUCGGCUCAGGUCUGCAUGUUCUUUCUUUGCUUUUCCAUUAGCGAUAGUAUCUGGUGAUUUUACCUGAUCUGGCGAGGUUCUGACGUCCGACACAGGAAUAAUCCCGAACAAUGCCGAACUGUAGGUCAGUUAAAAAGUCUUAAAAAUCCUGAAAACAUGUGUUAAUCUCCAACAUUUAGCAAGGAAAUGUCUAAAAUCUCAAUAUUUAACAGAGGAGUCUGGUGUAUUUAGCGACAGCACUGCAGAAAGCCGGCGACCGUGAGCCGACUCACAACCCGUUCAGCUGUAUUUCAGUUUAGUGACUGUAUCAGACAGAGUCUGCGCUCCGGUCAUGCAGGAAGUACUGAAGUUAUCUUUUUAAUGAUCUGAUUCUACUGCUUUACAAUGUCACCGCAGUUUCAUGCCACGUUGAGUAGGUACAAUAGUAAUGGAAAAUGACAUGCCUGAUACCAAAGCGAGUCGAGUCGAGUCGAGCUAGAACUGUAUAAUGUAAACGUGCCAUAAACUAGCUUUGACUAAUAUAUUAAAGUCCAGGCUUCACAAAGGCAGUUCACAAACCCAUAGGUUAUUAGUUGUUUAGUUUGGUUAUUAUGGGACAUAACAUGUUGUUUACCACUUGAUGUAACCACUGGUCUCAUCAUACAAAUACUACUGUUGCCAAAGACACUGCAGUGCCAGAUACUCUGAAAGUUUCAAAAGUGGACUUGUAUGCUUUAGAUGCAUGAACAGUAGAGCAACUAACUUUUGAGGCUAUAGGUUAUUAUUUUUGAAAAAUAAAACUAUUUACACUCAACUAGUUUUUGCUUAACCUUCAUAUUGCGGUCAUCACAAGAACUGUUGACCCCACUUUGACCCCGUUCAGGUCUGAACACACAUUAUCCACCUUCAGAUUCCUUUGUGUGAUGAAUGACCACAUUCAGGACAUACUGCUGACGCCCUCUACAGCCAAAACCCUCUGACCCCCCCUGUAAGGUCACAGUAUUACAUCACUAAUUUGUGUCAUACAUUAAUUUAUGUAGAGCUUUGAUUCACUCCUCAUGAGAUCGACUAAAGUUCAUGUCCCAGCAGGAAGUCAAUUUAUUGAAUAAAGUGUAUUCUUCCAUCCAGCUUCUUAGUAUUAAACAUUUUAUGGUUGACGAAAUACAUCACAGACCAAAACACCCUUUAGCUGACGGCUGGUAAGUAGCAUGACGAGUGCAGUUCCAUGUCUUUCUAAGCUCUGUGUACUGGAUUAUUUUAUUAUUGCCGGGUCAUAUCAACUGGAUGUGUUUUGUCCGACUUUGAGAAAUUCUAUCUAGCAUAUUUUUACUACAAUACGUUUACAUGUCUUCUAGAAUUCCAGGUUUAGUCAGGCUGACUUCAUGUAAGCUCAGUGAUGGAUGUCGACGCAUCGGUUCAGACUGAUUAUGGUUCAGAAUUAAAAUGAUUAUGUUCUCACAAACAGACAUGACGUAUGUACUUGCAUAUCAGGCUUAGACGUGCAAUCAGACCUUUUGUGGUCACAUGAGACGCAUACAGGAAGCAUUUUAAUACCAGGUGUGAACAGUCGAACUUCAGGACAGAUGUUAAAUGCCUUUCUUAAGCUUGAUCCUUUAUCUCACAACAAUAGAAAGCAUCCUUCCUUAUCAGCUGAGUAAAAACAAGUAUGUUCCGUAUGUUCUCCUAAUGUGCAUCUGCAAAUACAGGUCACUAUUUGACAUUAUGAUUUACCAUUAAAGUUCAUUAUCUCCUCUGGUGCCUUCAUGCAGCGACACCACCGCCUUAAUAACACGUUUAAUACUUACUUAAACCCAAGUCACUAGUUCCACAGGUUUUCAAUCAUUUCAAUUUGCCUCUUUUUUUAUUUAAAUUAUUGUUUUUAUUUUAUCAAAGCUGUAAGAUCAAACCAGGACUGUACACUGUAGUAGUCUGCUGUGGGGGAAUGUAAAGGCUUCACAUCCUUCUUCUUCUGCCAGUUUAGUGUCUAUUGCUGAAUUAAUGUGUGUGUUUGCUGGUGGUUUGAAGGUGAAUUCAUGUAUUUACUCACAUGGUCAAGGGUUAUUUUAUUGUUAUUAUUAUUUAUUUGUGCUGUAUACUACCUGCUUCACUCAGUAAAGCUGCAUUCAUGUGCUGUGGCACGUCUCUAUGAGUGAACAGUACAAGUCAGAUUUAAAACUGCGUCACGAUCCUCGCUGGUUUGACUGCACUGAAUGAGUUUGAUGCUGUGUCGCAUACUUAAUUCGGAAUUAUAGGCUUCUUUUUUCAAUUCGAUUUUUCUUUUUUUGACUGUUCCUAGCAAUGUUGUAUAGAUGUCCUAUAAUGGCAGCAUGUAAGAUGUAAAUAUAUGGUGAUCUACACGCUGCGUUCAAGUGCCAGCGUUGCCUCUUUUAAGGAAGAAGAUGACACAUAAAAGUGUACAUCAAAGUUCGCAUGCACUGGCAUUUGCACACUCAAUGAAAAAGGUGUGUUUUUUUUUUUAAAAGAGUUUUGCAUUUUUGAGGGUGAAAAUGAAUAAAAAGGAUAUAUUGCUGUUUGAUGAGAA